AUGAAGAACAGCAUCUUCUUGUUUUCAAACCAGUUUCUCUCCUGUGUGUUUGUGGUAAGAAGCAUCACCAGUGACUAAUUAAGAGAGAACGUCUCUGUUUUUUUCCAUACAGUAAUAACAGGUAGAAGAUCCUAAAUCAACUGGGAAAUCUUCCAUCCAAUCAGCGGUGUCCUAUGCAAAUUAGGCAGGUGUCACACAGAGGGAGUGGAGAGGAGGACAGGUAUUUUUAGAGCAACACCCUGGCUUUGGCGGUGUCAACAGCAUUUUCACUAUACUCUAAAGUCAUAAAGUAGAGCUAUUUAGAGAAAUUCAACAAUGUUCACCUGUCUGCAAGAAAUGAUACGUUUUUUCAUUCAACGACCUGUGGAUUAAUCUCCAUUCACGAGAAGCCAGAAUGUGAUCGAGAAGCUGCUGCAGAGCUUUCAUGAAGGCGUUCGUGCAGAUGGAGACUGACUUGCGUCUGGAGUCGAGUUUGUGGGUGGAAAACAGGAGAUGCGCGGCUGUCCUCACCGGCUGGCACUUCAAAUGGACCGAAGUGGAUAAGAGAAGUCGGGACAAGAGCACAGUUUCAGUACCUGUGGCCGAGGUGGUUGGAGUAGAAGAGGGCAAGGUGGAGGUACUGCCCCACAAGACUGUUGAGGACACAGACAAAGAUUUCACUGUUUUCUACGUGAAGCGCAGCAGCUCUACUGGAUCCUGUGGGUUGCUAUGGAGACUGGGCCGGACCCAGUUCAGCUGCCCCAGUCGAGUUCUCAGAGACCAGUGGAUCAAAAACCUCAGGAUAGCCGUCAAAACUCACACUCCUUUACGUCCACAUAGACUCUUGGUGUUCAUCAACCCGUUUGGAGGAAAGAAGCAAGCAAGGCAGAUCUUCCAUUCUCUUGUGGCUCCCCUGUUUGAGCUGGCUGGCAUCAGCUCACAUGUAAUAGUGACUGAGCGGGCAAACCAAGCCCGAGACCACCUCCUGAAGAAAGACCUGACAGGCUUCGAUGGUGUGGUGUGUGUGGGAGGCGACGGCAUGUUCAGCGAAGUGCUUCAUGGCGCGAUCGGGCGGACUCAGCAAGAGGCUGGCACUUGCGAAAACGAUCCUGGUGUCACUUUGCAGCCUUGCCCGCUUCACAUUGGUAUCAUCCCUGCAGGCUCCACAGACUGCGUGUGUUACGCCACGGUGGGAGUGAUCGACCCUGUUACAUCAGCUUUACACAUCAUCAUUGGUGACUCUCAACCUUUGGAUGUGUGUUCAGUCCAUCACGGCUUUGCUUUGGUGCGCUACUCAGUGUCUCUCCUUGGCUAUGGCUUCUAUGGGGAUGUACUGGUCGAGAGUGAAAAACACCGCUGGAUGGGACCACUCAGAUACGACUAUUCUGGGUCAAUGGUGUACUUGAGCAACAGAAGUUACACCGGCACAGUUCAGUAUUUACCAGCAGACCCGCUACUGUCCAGCCCGAGAGACAACACACGCUGCCUGUCAGGGUGCAGCGUCUGCUCCAGAAGCACAGAAAGACUUUUCCCUAAUUCGUCUGACUCAGGCUCCCUUUACAGCUCCUACUCUGGACAUUUCCAUAAUGACUUAGAAGGUGAGUGGGUGACUGUGGAGGGCAGGUUCAAGUGUGUGUCUCUCACCUGCAUGUCCAGCUCAUGUGCCAGGAGCCCCCUGGGCUUGUCUCCGUCUGCACACCUGGCAGACGGAACUGGAGACCUCGUUCUGGUGUGGGACACUAACCCUCUGAGCUUCCUCAAGUUUCUCUACAGACACACGAGCACAGAGGACCAGUUUGACCUGCCAUUUGUGGAGGUCCAUCGUGUGAAAGCGGUUCGUUUCUGUAUGGCAGGUGACACAAAAGAGGAAGAAAUCAGAGGGCUGAGUGCUGAGACAGACAUAGAAGCGGGAGGACAUGUGAGGAGUGGAAGCAGAAACGGAUCUCAGCAGCACUUGGCAGAGAAAGCCACAGGAACGGUGACGACGAGCGUGGAGAAAACAGUGACCCCCUUCACGUGGUGCCUUUGCUGCAAGAAACCCUCUGCUGUGUCAGUGUGGAACUGCGAUGGAGAAAUCCUGCCUUUUACUGAUAUCUCCUGCAAAAUUCAUGGCCAGUUGGUGAGACUGUACGCCCGGGGCAUUGAGGACAAAGCUGCCAUUCACCACUGCAGCCAGGAGAGGGACACGUGCAAUAUGACAUGCAUGAUAGGAAAAAGUCUGCCUUGAGUUUUAGUAGAAAAACAAAAGAGAUAACAACUGUUCUUCCAGUCUGCUAUUGCCAAAGUGUUCCCAAAGUUCAGAUAUUUUGGUGCCUUUUGUUUGUUUUUACACUUUUAUUGAAAAAGUCUAUUUAUUCUUAGUCUUGUGUGAUUAUGUAUGAGUGUGUCUAAAGAUGUCAGAAAUGUUUUUCUCCUUCUUCUCUCUAUAAUGCAGCAUUUUUUUGCACAAAACCUACUUAACCUUGCAGUGUACAGUGUAUAGGCUGGAUUCUGUUGUGGUUCUCUGUGUCCUACUUUAAUAAAAUGAUGUCAUAUAUCAUUAAAACAUAUUCACCAGUAAGAACUGAUCAUUUAU